GUUUCUCCUUUGAAGGUAGUUACCAUACCCAGACUGGAACUGACAGCAGCAGUAGUCUCAGUCACAGUUAGCAACAUGCUCAAAGAAGAGCUAAGCUACACCAACGUGGAAGAGUUCUUUUGGACGGAUUCCAAAGUUGUAUUAGGGUAUAUAAACAACGAUGCUCGACGCUUCCACACCUUUGUAGCAAAUAGAGUACAGAAAAUACGCCACUGCUCGAAUCCUCAACAGUGGGCCUAUAUAUCAACUGAUGAGAAUCCCGCCGAUAAUGCCUCCAGAGGAAGAACGAUAGAUGAGCUACUUUCAUCUAAUUGGUUUACGGGCCCCAAGUUUUUAUGGGAAAAGGAAAUUAAACCUUCAACAGAAUUGAUCCAUGAUCUUCCAAUAGGAGAUCCGGAAGUCAAAAGGUCCCAUGUACUUCAGACAAGGACCAAAGAACAAGUGACCCUUGCAGACAGGCUGUCUAAGUUUUCCUCAUGGUCACGAGCCAUCAAAGCAGUAGCACGUCUUUUACGUCGUGUAAAGAAAGACAAAUCAAAUACACUCUCCACGGUAAAAGAAAGGCAAAGCGCAGAGCUUCUUUUCAUCAAAGAUCUACAAAAGCAAGCUUAUGAAAAUGAAAUAAAGCUGUUGAGCAAGGGAAGUCAAUUGCCAAUUCACAACAAACUGUACAGUCUUGAUGUCUUUCUGGAUAAAGAUGGUGUACUCAAGGUGGGAGGAAGACUUGGUCAUUCAUCCUCCUCAAGUUCAUUCAAACACCCAAAGGUCAUCCCUAAAGGUCAUCACAUAACCAGUUUGAUAAUUGCUCAUUACCAUGAGAAGGUAAAACACCAGGGCAAAGGCUUCACUAUCAAUGAAAUCAGAUCCAAUGGCUAUUGGAUUACUGGACUAAACAGAGCAGUUGCAUCUCACAUUCAUCAGUGUGUUACAUGUCGAAAGCUCAGAAGACCAGUUGAAGGUCAAAGAAUGAGUGACCUACCUACAGAACGGGUAGAACCCUCACCACCGUUCACUUUUUGCGGGAUGGACUGUUUUGGUCCAUUUCUGACUAAACAGGGCAGAAAGCAACACAAAAGCUCUUACGGUGGUUUAUUUUGUAUUAAUGCUCAGAAGGUUUAACGUAAGCUGUCAAGGAGAAGCAAUAAAUGCAAUUUAUACCAUCA